GCAGUGGCAGCGACCAGGUUGACUGUCUGUGUUGAUCAUGUUGAUAGUCUUGGUCAAGAUUAUUAUGUUUGGGCUCCGGCUGCAUGGGCUUCUUGCAACAGCAGACUCGUAGAGAGAUCAGAUUGUGUGACUGUGAGGCCGUUUCUGUCUUCUUCUCCGCACCGGCUGAAGACUUGUGAAGUGUUCCUGUCCUACGCAAACCAUAAAAGCGGUCUCCAGAACUGGCAGAAGCAAAAUGGGAAUGAGAGCAGAUCCUUGACUAGCUACAACAGGCUCAGUCAUGCACCUGUACGUGUCGCUGAACUAAACUUUGAAUCAUUGGUAAAUUUAUUUUGGGCUCAAUCGAUCCAGGAUCGACAUAGUCAGCUCAUGUUCAUGUGUGGCGUUUGAACUGAUGUGAUGAGCUCGAAAGACCGUGAGUUUGGUAGAAUACUCAAGGAAGGCUUCUUGGUGAAGAAGGGCCAUGUCCGCACCAAUUGGAGAACGCGCUGGUUCAAACUACGGCGGGACAGCUUGAGCUAUUACAAGCAGCGCUCCGAUGCAUCACCGAUAAGUACGAUAAUGCUCGAAGGAUGCUCGGUAAAUCGGCCUACGGAUGAGACUGUUCGUCACCCACAUCGUUUCGAGUUGAAAACUCCCGCGGGCCGCUCGUACUUUCUGGAGGCAGCGAGCAGCGCUGAUGUGGAAGGUUGGACGACGGCAAUAGCUGAGGCAGCGCAGUCCCGGACAGCAUUGCGAAGGCAUGUGAGUGUGAAACAACGGCACAUCAGUGUAUCACAACACUUGGAACACACGGCAGGUGGUGCCAGCUCCACAGAGCUCAUGGAGGCCAUGCAGGAUAUGAACGCAGGCAUCAAGCUGGAUACACAUAUUUUACCAUCAGGGAAGGUGUAUCACUUGUGUUUCUGUGGAAUUCAGAUGGUCGACUGGCUCAUGGAAUGGUCCUUUGCCGAAUCUCGUGAAGGUGCAUGUGCCAUUGGCUUGUCCCUGUUGAAUGGUGGACAAAUACAGCCUAUGGAUGGCUUACUGGUUGAUGCAGAAGAGUUUCUGGACUCAAGUGAUGCGCUGUAUCGGUUUGUGGCCUUGCAUGUUACCAACCGUGGGGGUACGUUACCAUUUGAUCCUUGCUCUCCUGUCAAGAGUCUCUCACCUAUGGCAAUGAGUUCAGAUAGUGAGGAUUCAAGUGAGGAUGAGGCGGACGAGUCAGUGGAAGCGGAUCUGGCUGCACUCGGCCUAAAUAACCGUCAAGUUUCUCCAGGUUUUGUUCGGUUCGAAAUAAAGCAAGGCAUUUUGUCAAAGCGAGGUCACAAAAGGAAAAACUGGAAAGCUCGUCGGUUUGUGCUGAUGGCAGACGGCAUGUACUACUACCGUGCAUCAAAGCCGCAAAGCGAUCCGAUUGGCCGGAUUCCCCUGAAGGGAGCUAGUGUGAGCAUUCUGGAUGACCGACGUGCAUCCACAUCUUCUUUUCGACGUUCCUUGCAAACUGGCCCAGUCUUCACGGUUGCCACUGCUAAUGGGAUAGAGUUCUUCCUGCAGGCUGCCAACUCUGAUGAACGCGAGGACUGGAUGGAUGCCAUUGAGAAAUGUAUAACGCGACAACGGGAAAAGCAGCGUGAUUCUCUAGCUAGUAGUUGAGAAAGGUACAUUUCUAGACUUGUGAUGUUCAGGUUUGAACAGACUAUUUUACUGUUUUGUGCCGGCCCCUGAUUAUAUUAACCGAGUGUUGUACUGUUUUUCUCAAAGGUGAGAGUUGCUGGCAGCUCUCUCCUAGGAAAUGUUGAGCUCAGUGCAAUGAUCGUGUUUCCCAGGACUAAUUCUGACACACAAACUCAGAAGAGUGGUUUUUAGCAAUUUAGUAGCUUGCUUUUUAUUUAGCCCACGCGACUUAUAGGUUGAUAGAAGACUAGCAUUACAGUUGUGUUCGUCAACAUGCUACACCAAGUAAAAUUUUCGGCCCCUGUAGGUGAGUUCGGCAGAGCUUGAGAUUUUCUAUUAUUGAAUUUUGUCUAUGAUUUUAUGGAAUAUUUGCACAGAAUUCGAAGCUCAUUUGACAGGUAUUCAUAACUUCUACUUGUAUCUUUCAUUUUUUUUUAUAAUAAUACAAAAGAUUCUUCCAGUCA